AUGCCUCCUCUCCCGGUAGCACCUGUCACUGCAUGGAACCCUCGAAUAGUAUGCUACUUUCAAACAUACCAUCACAGCGACCAAUACAUCUCACUUUUACCACUUCUCACCAACCCCUCGGGCGUUACGCAUGUGAUUCUCGCCGCUAUCCACGUCAAUUGGGAUCCGCACAACCUGACACUCAAUGACGACCCACCGGAUCACGAAAAAUACACCCAACUAUGGGACGAAGUUCUUGUUCUCCAAGACUCUGGCAUCAAGGUCUUGGGCAUGCUCGGCGGUGCUGCUCGGGGAUCCUUCGCAAGACUGGAUUACUCCGAGUCGAGGACCGACGUGCCCCUAGCACGGUUUGAAAGCUACUAUCUUCCGCUGCGUGACAUGAUAAGACGUUAUAACCUCGACGGAAUAGAUCUGGACGUCGAGGAGGAAAUGUCCCUGCCAGGCAUCGUGCACCUGAUCGAUCGUCUCAAAGCGGACUUUGGGCCCGCGUUCAUCAUCACCCUCGCCCCUGUGGCUACAGCUCUCAUGGCUGGCCGGCCGCAUUUGUCUGGGUUUGAUUACCGGAUGCUCGAGGCCAUGCGCGGUCCGAGCAUCGCAUGGUACAACGCGCAGUUUUACAACGGGUGGGGAGGACUGCACAAUACGGCGGCCUACGAUGAGAUUAUUCGCAAUGGCUGGCCGGCGGAGAAGGUGGUGGCGGGCAUGUUGACGAACCCCAAGCACGGCGGGAGCGGUUAUGUGCCGCUGGAAUUGUCGGCGGCGGUGUUGAGCUUGCUGGUGGAGAGGUAUCCCGGGUUCGGAGGGGUCAUGGGAUGGGAAUACUGGGAUGCGCUGCCUCAAGAAGGCGAGAAUUGUUGGAUGUGGGCUUAUUGCAUGGCCUUGUGUAUGGGAAUGAAGAAGGUGCGGGAUGCGGCCCUGGUGGUACAGCUGGGGAGAGGGUUGGCGGGCAUUUCAGUGACUCGGUGA